GUCUAUCCACUUCUUAACUUAAAUACCGCCUGCCUAUCGUGCCCUCUCUCUCUUCCUUCUGUCGGUUUCUUCUUUAAAUUCCUCUUUCAUUGGCUUUCAAAUUAGUCUCUCUUUCUCUCUCCGCUACACACACACACACACUCUUCUUUACUCUUCCCUUGCUUGCUUGCUUUUCCAUCUUCCUUCUUGCCAUAUAUAAUUUUGUAUUAAUUUUGUGAUUCUGCUAUAACAUAAGUUGGUUCCACUUCAUUGUUCUGCAUAUUGGGUGGUGGGAUCAUUUGGGUUCGGCUUAUUUUUUGGCAUCUCCUUGCUGUUGAAGAAAUUAGGUUCCCAGCUGCGAGUCUCAUGGGGUUGGGAGAAACAAAAAGUUCACCAGGCUAUGGCAAUCCACCCUGGAUUUUCAAAGGCAGAUACACACUGGGUGGUUUUUUCCUUGCCAACUACGAUGACAGCCCUGCUGGGGUGUUUGAUGAGCUUGUGGUGAUAGCAGGAAUUGUGUGGAAUCCCCCAACGUCUUGCGCUUGGGCAGCCAGGGUUCUUGUAAACAGUGAAGAAGCUUGUCACCAUGGACGCAAGGAGGUAGGGCUUCCAAGUCAAGUAGCCAGAUUUUCAAAGAGAAUUACACCAGUUCCUAGACAAACAAAGGACAAAUUUGGUGGCUUUCUAAACAUGAUUGGUGUGGGCACAACAAUCUGCCACUCAAAAGAUUGCAUGGACGUUCAGGUGACAGAAGUUGUGGGUCCUGCUUCAUCAGAUAUCUGUAAUAUCAAACUUCUGACUGAUGUGCCUACACCGAAAUUCAACAAAUGGAUGGGCCCAUCGAUCACAAUGUCACUUCCAAGCUUUAGUGGCCAAACAGAGUAUAAUGCCAACCUUUUGAAGUAUUCAUGCCGCCUUGCCUGCAGAGUACGAGCAGUGCGGCCAGCAAAGGUAUCAGGGCCAUCACCAUUAAAGAAGGAAAGAAACCUUGAUUCUGAAAGCAGAGGGUUUACAGCCGAGGAAGUGGUAGAUAAUGCAAGAAACCUAAGCAUAUCGGUUAUGUUAUCAAAGCCUAUACUAGCUUUGGAGUUCAAUUUCUUGGAAAUGCAAGUUGAAGCUCCCAUCAUACUAUCCAACAACACUACAAGCUCUUUACCAGCUGCUUGACCUCCCCCCCCCCCCCUCCCCUCAAAAUCAUGCUCCUUUUUGUUGCUUGUUUUUAACAUCAACAUCAACUAAUAAGAUUCUAGACUCCAGGUUCCAUUUCAAACAUUACUCCCCAACAGGACAAGAGAUGUUAAAGGCUUUUUUUCUUUUUGGAAAUAUAUAUUUCCUUUCCUUGA